AUGGCCACAGAGUUCCACCUCUCUCCAAACAAGCAGGGAAUUAUCUGCUCUGGCAACCCCCACAAAAACGCCUGCGGUCAGAAGGGCACUCCAGAAUUCGGGGUCCCCGUUAGUACCCUCUUUUUGAAAAACUUGAACUUUGACCUUUAUGGCUUAAAUUCGUGGCAAUGUGAUAGCGGAAAACCUCCAAAAUCAUCGUCGUCGUCGUCACGUUCCCUCGCACCGUACACUAUCAAAGGGACGUACUACAAUGCGUAUGUCAAGAUCGCUACAUGUCAACCUCCACAAAUAUCUCCAGCACAUUGCAAAAUAAGAUGA